AUGGUCUCCUUUUGGCCCUGGAAGGGCGAUGACAACUCCCCUGCUGGGUUUGAAAAAACCCUGUCCACAUUGUCCGCCAAGAUAGCCCAGUCGACCACGCGACUGGAUCAACAGCGUCAAAGAGCUCGACGAUUCCAGGCUCUUUGGACACUCUACUCGACCUUUGCAUAUCUCUUUUACUCCAUCAUACUUGCACUGGUGGUAGGAUGGGAGACCUGGGGAGUUAAAGAAUUUGCUGCCAUUGCGGGCGGCCCCGUGUUAAUCUACGCGGUGCGCACGAUGAUCACUCGUAUCUUUGAUUAUCGCAUCUCCCGCACCCAGCGUCAUGUCGACGAGCUGAACAAACAGCGAGACACCACUAUCGAGAAGCUCAAGGUUGCGACCAAGUACAACUCCACCCAGCAGCUUCUUGAGAAAUACGGCGGUGAAUCACCCAAAACUACACCAAAGUUCAAAACCGAUUCUCCCGACUCGCGCAGGGACGCUUCACGUUCGCAGCAGCAGCAGCAGCAACAGGGAGCACGCACGGGUCUGCCUCCCCCUCCGACUGCCAACAUCCGCCGUCCAGCACCUUCUUCCCCUCAAGCUCGAUCCUUCCCCAGCCCCGAUGCUCCGUCCUCGCCGAUUCCUUUCCAGACGCCCCAGCAGGCGCAGCCAUCCCUGCCGUCCUCCCCUUCACCAUUCCCUUCGGUCCAGCAAAUGACCGAUGAUCCAGGAUUCGCACCCAACGCGUUCUCAAAUUCGGGGCAGUACAUCGAGCAGUCGCAUUGGUACGACAGACUUCUGGAUGUCUUGCUGGGUGAAGAUGAGACACAACCGCGAAACCGCAUGGCCAUGAUCUGCAGCUCCUGUCGUCUGGUGAACGGCCAAGCGCCACCGGGCAUCAAGACCCUGGAGGAACUGGGCCGCUGGAAAUGUGGAAGCUGUGGAGCGUGGAACGGCGAAGAAAGCGAGACUACACAGCUGCUGUCCUCAUUGAGGAAUAACGUGGGCUCAGAUCCAGCACUGGGAGAAUCUGUAAUUAUCUCUGAUAAAGAUGUCCGUGGCAGUGAGCCCAGCGACGAUGAGGUGGUAGUUACUGCCUGGAGCGGAGAAGAAGACAACAGUCAUCUGGAAGUAACUGAGCCAGAAGAUCGGACGGGUGAAGUAUCCAGGCCUGGGUCUGUUCGCCGGUCAAAGCGUGGCAGGGGCAAACAAGAAGAUUAG